GCCGUUGCGGCCGUUAGGACCGGCCGACUGGCCUCAACUGGAGGCUGAGGUGACGCCAACGUGGCCCCUCAGUUCGCGCAAGGCACUCUGGGAUUCCUCGCCAUCCCCUGGCUGGUCCCCGCCGCUUUCGACGGGGAUCCCCGAGCUGCCCCCCCGUUAGGACCGGGCCAACGGUCCCCACCCCAAGUCCCCAGGGGCCACGAAGCGAGCCAAGCAGCAAGUCUGAAGACCGGUUUUGGAGGUUUGGCAUUUCAGCACCUUACACUAGGGGACCGUAGUGCGCGUCCAGCAUGGCCCGCACCAAGCAGACGGCCCGGAAGUCCACGGGAGGGAAGGCCCCGAGGAAGCAGCUGGCCACCAAGGCGGCCAGGAAGAGCGCCCCGUCCACAGGCGGGGUCAAGAAACCCCACCGCUACAGGCCGGGCACCGUGGCUCUGCGGGAGAUCCGGCGCUACCAGAAGUCCACCGAGCUGCUGAUCCGCAAGCUGCCCUUCCAGCGCCUGGUGCGGGAGAUCGCCCAGGACUUCAAGACGGACCUGCGCUUCCAGAGCGCUGCCAUCGGGGCCCUGCAGGAAGCGAGCGAGGCCUACCUGGUGGGGCUCUUUGAAGACACCAACCUGUGCGCGAUCCAUGCUAAGCGGGUGACCAUCAUGCCCAAGGACAUCCAGCUGGCCCGCCGCAUCCGUGGGGAGCGGGCGUAGCCCCGACCGUGGGGUGAUCGUGCGGGCCGAGUUUCCUCUUCUGUCCCCCGGGACGAGCCGGGCUGGGCCUCUCUGCCGCCCUGUUCAGUGGAGCCGGGCUUAAGGGGCAGUGUGGCGGAGAGGGAGGAUGUGGGAGGGCGGCAACCAGCCCUGGCCUCCAGCUCCUCCUCCUACACCACUGGCAGAGAUGGAAUUUGCCCAGCCCCUCGCCCCUACCCCUCCCUGGUUUCUUCUCUCUCUCUCUCUCUCCCGCUCUCUCUUGCCAACCCCAAAGGGGCAUUACAGGUGGUUUCAAGAAAAAG